AUGGCUCCGAAGAAGAAGCACUCUGAAGGAAUCGCUUUGCUGUCCGUUUACAGUGAUGAGGACGACGAAGAGAUGGAAGACGCCGACGAAGAGGAGGAAGAAGAAGAAGAGCAGAGACACCAUGAAGAAAGUGAACGCAUUGACGUAGAUCAGCUAGAAGAAACGAAUUUCAUGGAUGAAGACAGAGGAAGAGGAGAAGCUUCCAGAACGCCUAGAGACGGUGGUGGAGCUUCUAGCGCUCAUGAUACGCCCCGGUCACCGGAUAACGACGAUUCAUCGGGACCCGAUUGGUCGAAUCGAGUGAACACUGAAGGAACCGCGGAUGGCGAGAGAGCCGAUGAUGCCUCAGGGGAAAGUAGGGAUUCGCUGUUGGAUCAGUUUCUACCUCCGCGGCCGACAGAAAAGUGCUCGGAGGAUCUGCAAAGGAAAAUAGAUAAGUUUCUUAGCUUGAAGAAGAUGGGGAAGAGUUUCAAUAACGAAGUGCGGAAUAGAAAGGAAUACAGGAAUCCAGACUUCUUGUUGCAUGCAGUGAGUUAUCAAGAUAUUGAUCAGACUGGUUCUUGCUUCAGUAAAGAAGUGUUCGACCCCAAUGGAUAUGACCCAAGUGACUUCUGUGAUGCAAUUGAAGUCGACAUGAAGAAUGAGAGGGAAAGGAAAGAACAAGAAAGCAAGAAGAGCCAAAAGCUCGACUUUGUUUCCGUCGGUACGCAACAACCUGGGACGGUUUACGCUGCUCAAAAGCCUAACAUCCCCACCAUCCCAGGUAUUCCAGCUUUAGCUACUAGUGUAUUGCCCUCGAUACCAGCUGAAAUCGCUGCUCGACCGAACAAGAAAUCCAAAUGGGAUAAGGUUGAUGGGGAUGUGAAGAAUCCUCCACCUCUACCAGCUGGGACUCAGGAGUCUCUAUCCUCAAUCCGGUCUAAUGUAUCCGCUUCUGCAAGUGCUGGUUCUGGAUACUCAGCUUUCGCGCAACAACGGAGGCGAGAGGUGGAAGGAAGAAAAUCUGCAGAGAGGAAACUGGAGAGAAGAAGUUGA